GAUUUACUGAAUGCAACCAGGCACUGAGUACCCCCACCCUCCUCACCUUCCCCCGAAUCGCGUCCUUGACUUGACUGCUGCAAAGCACGCGCGCGCCAACGCGACUGAAGCUGUGGGAACGACAGUAACAGAGACGCCGAUUGUAGACUCCAGCUUUGUAGGAGAGUUUGGACCGUCCCCGUCCCGUGAAAGUAGGAAGAGAACGUCAGUUGAUUCUGGUAGCACCACCCCGAGCACCAGUGCUGCUAAGUUCAGCCGGCGAGUAGUCCCCUUCAAAUAGAUCACACUCGGCAGCUUUAGACCCUCAGACUAGUAAGCACAAGGCACGCCCUUGCCUCUGAACAGACCCGCACACUCUUGGCGUUCAUUAGCGGCGUGCAUCAACCCCGCACGACCAGAAACCCGCCUCCCGGAGUUGAAGCGCCUAGGCCCGAUGCCAUCAGCAACCACGUCAGCACCUACGCCAUUAACCAUGGAUCCGUCUAACCUACGUCGUGCUCGUCAUCUAUUUCUCCUCCUGCUCCUCAGCUCGCUCCUUUCAGCCGUCCCCGCCUCUCGCGCACAGGGUAUGGCCU